GUGUAGUGAACAACUCCCAGUACCUCAGGAAUUCUGAUUGGCUUAGCAGAGAGGCUGUGCCCUAUAAAUACACCUCUUUUGCUUUGCAAAACCACUUGCAGAAAAAGACGCACACUUGAAACAUGCCUGCUGUUAGGAAUUUGAGCCGCUCUGUCAAACAUCUGUUGAACACACCUGGCUGUGGUUGUCAGGUUGCUCUUGUGCCAAUUAGAUGUCUUGGUAUCUCACCCCGGCAGGUGCCAUCGGAUGCCAGCUUUCAUUCAGUAUGUUUUUCAGAAACUGAUCAUCCACGGGUGUUAAUUACAGGAGGACUUGGCCAGCUUGGAGUAGGACUUGCUAAGCUGUUACGAAAACACUUUGGAAAGAACAAUGUGAUUUUGUCAGAUAUUAGAAAGCCCCCUGAUAGUGUCUUCUAUAGUGGUCCUUUCAUCUACUCUGAUAUUUUGGAUUACAAGAACCUUCGUGAAAUAGUGGUGAACAACAGGAUUACUUGGUUAUUUCAUUACAGUGCUUUGCUCAGUGCAGUUGGAGAAGCCAAUGUCCCUUUGGCAAGAUCUGUGAAUAUCACUGGACUGCACAACAUUCUUGAUAUAGCUGCCGAGCAUAGUCUGCGACUCUUUGUUCCCAGCACCAUUGGAGCCUUUGGACCAACUUCCCCUAGGAAUCCAACUCCUGAUCUCUGCAUCCAAAGACCAAGGACAAUCUAUGGAGUCUCCAAGGUUCAUGCUGAACUCAUGGGAGAGUAUUAUCAUUAUAGGUAUGGGCUAGAUUUCCGAUGUCUAAGGUAUCCUGGCAUUAUCUCAGCUGAUUCCCAGCCUGGUGGAGGAACAACCGAUUACGCAGUCCAAAUUUUCCAUGAUGCUAUCAAGACUGGAAAGUUCCAAUGCAAUCUUAAACCAGAUACCCGCUUGCCAAUGAUGUAUAUUGAUGACUGUCUUAGAGCUUCUUUGGAGAUCAUGGAAACACCUGCUGAGCAGCUGAGCAUGAGGACUUACAACAUCAGUGCCAUGAGUUUUACACCUGAGGAGCUCGUUCAAGAGGUCCAGAAGCAUAUUCCAGAACUUGAAGUUGUCUACAAUGUAGAUCCUGUUAGGCAAGCCAUUGCUGAUAGUUGGCCAAUGAUUUUUGAUGACAACAAUGCUCGCCAAGAUUGGGGAUGGAAACAUGAUUAUGAUCUUCCAGACCUGGUGACCACCAUGUUCAACUUCCUUAGCUCUGUCCGUUGUAUUUCCAGAGUUGCUCAAGUCAGCUAAGUCUUUAUACGAUGCAGCCUCCAGAUAUUUCAUAGCUCUUCAUCUACUUCUGAGAUCUGAAGCAGCCUGUUAUUUGAACAGGAUUGCUGACCUCUCAAUUUGCUUUUUUGCUAAAGAAAUAUACAUGCACACAUACAUAUAUAUUUGCUAAAGAUAUGCACACAUACAUGUACAUGCAUAUACUGAAAAGUUUGUACGCACUUCUGAAAGCUGUCUAGCUGUUGGGACCCUCAGGAAAUAUUUGUUCAUAAGCUGCAGUUUGCUUGCUCUCCUAAUUCUAAAUGCUUCUCUGGAACAUACUCUUCUUUUGUUGUUUUGUUUAGUCUCCAUAUGGCAAUGUAUUAUUUGGCUGUUGGAUACUAUCUUUUAGGGCUAUGCAUGCUUCAGUAAGGAUUUGGAAGAAGUACUUUGGAACUCACAUGAAGAAAGCACCUCUUUGCUAUUAAUUAAAGCAGCCACUUCUUUUUUUCAGGAUUCUAUUCAAGCAGUCCUGACCAAACAUGCUUCUGUGGAAGGCUGAAAAGAAUCGGGCUAGUAUAAUGAAUUAGCAGAGGUGCUGAGCUUAUUUAAGGACCAAAGCAUCACUUCUGAAUCAUUCUGAAGUGUGCACAGCCUUAAUAGUUAAAACUAAAACUAAAUUAUGUCCCACCUUGAAUUUCCUGGGCUAGAAAAAGUAGAUGGCAUGGGAAGAGAGAGCAUUAAGGAGAGACUUUGCAGGAGAAAAGCAUGAUUCUCAACUCCCGGUUGGAACUGUGUUUCUCUGACAGUUUGUUCCACCCUUAAAUAGAAAUUCUCCUGAACUUCCUGCUUGCACAUUCAUGAAAAACUGAACAGAGCUGCACAAUACCCUGGAAGGAUUAAAUAUUAGGUCUUAUGUUCAUAUUAUUUGUAGGCUCUUUUGUCCACUAGGGUCCUCCCAUAGUUUUACCAACUUAGACUAGUUUCAGGAUGCUAUAUUUUCUAAGAAAAUACACUUGUACAUCGUUGCAAAUAUCCCCCAAGUCUGCAACAUCAGGAAGCAAAUGACAGGAAAAACCUGGGGGAUACUUGCAACAGUGAUAACGGGCAGCUGGAAAAUAAUGAAAUAAUUUAAUAACGUCAUGGAAAUUCAAAUCAAGACUACAAAAACAAUUUUUUUACAUUAAAUCUCUAUUUAUAAAUUAUGGUGCUUUGGGAUAUGCUUCUGUGUUUCUGGUUUUAGGUAUUCUGAUAUCACUGAAAAUAUAAAAGAUUUAAAAAUGCAGGUUAUUCCCUUCCCUAACCUACUAUAAAUGUGCUCAGUUGCUUAUGAAAGUCUUUUUUCCAUCUCUGCUUGCCUUUGUUGUAUGUUGAUACCUUCAGCAUUCCAUAGCUCAGACUAAUUUAUAGACAGAUGCUGUUUGCUAAACUUCGGGUUCUUUCAUUCUGUAUUGUAUGUCGAAGUAAAAAUAAGACCAGUCCAUAGGAAACCUUGGAGAAAGCCAAUAUUUUACUUAGCCUUGAAUUUGGCAAGAAUUCUUCUCUGAGAGCACUGAAGAAUUAAAGGUGAAUCCAGUUAUUUCCUCUCCAGGCAAUGAAAUGUGUUACAUUUUAGACUUACUCCUUUGCUCUCAACAUUCCUUGGAAUUUCUCUUAAAUAUUUGUGGAGUCCCUCAAGUUAGUGGUCAUUUUUUAGCAACCAUGGGCCGAUUCCCAGCCGAAAAGCCCUAGACCAACAAUGUUUCCUUUGACAAGG